UGACUUUUGGGGAUUGCAAACCCAGGCCCGAUCUGAUCUCACCCACACCCCCUCCUCCGCCUACGCCUACGCGGCGACGUUUUUCUCUCUUUUACUCCUGAAGUUCUAACUGGGGAUCUUCGCCGCCGUCAAAUGUCUGCAAACAAAGAUCUUCUCGUGAUCUCAUUCUAUCGUUUCUCUAGUCACAAUAUGUAGCAUACUGGCGCUCUUCGUCCUCCCGGUUUGUCAAUGCCAUGCUGUACUAAUGGCGGCGAGUUCUAGAGGCUUCUCUGCGCAUUUUGAUUUCAAACCAAGACGACAUCUGCUUCCCCUGCAUAACCAUGCAUUCGAUCCUCGAAAUCGUCGAAAGGUGGGUUUUGAGCAUGACCGUGUUCGAGUCUGUCAAGUCACUCGCUGUUGUUCCGACUCAGCAACCCCGAUUCGAAGUGAAAGCUGCGAGAAGAGCGAAGAAUGGUGGUUCGAUUCCAGGAAGAGCUCUCACAGAGUUCGAGUUCAAGCCUGCCCCGCAAUGCCUUUUGCUUCUCCCCAUUCCAAUAUGAAGCAAGAAAAGUUCUAUCCUCGUUGUACCCCAAGAUAUACUGGUCCGCAAUCACGUGAUACUCCGCCAAAAAGAGACACUGGUAUAGCAAAUGAGAAGGACUGGGAUAUCAACUUAUUGAAUGAAAAUGUGAACGAGUCUGGCACGAAUGAAGAUGGUAGUACCUGGUACAGAGAAAGUGGGGAAGAGCUGGGCAGAAAUGGACAUAGAUGUAGAUGGACUAGGGUGGGUGGUCAAUCCCAUGAUGGUUCCUCAGAUUGGAAAGAAACGUGGUGGGAGAAGAGUGACUGGACUGGAUAUAAGGAGUUAGGCGUGGAAAAAUCUGGUCGGAAUGCUGAAGGUGAUUCAUGGUGGGAAACAUGGCAAGAAAACCUUCAUCAAGAUGAAUGGAGUAACAUUGCAAGAAUAGAAAGGAGUGCACAAAAACAAGCAAAAUCAGGAACUGAGAAUGCUGGAUGGUAUGAAAAAUGGUGGGAGAAAUACGAUGCUAAAGGUUGGACUGAGAAAGGGGCACAUAAGUACGGUAGACUGAAUGAACAAUCAUGGUGGGAAAAGUGGGGAGAGCAUUAUGAUGGAAGAGGCUCUGCUCUUAAAUGGACAGAUAAAUGGGCUGAAACUGAACUUGGAACAAAAUGGGGAGACAAGUGGGAGGAGAGGUUCUUUGAAGGCAUAGGUUCGCGACAUGGGGAAACAUGGCAUUUAUCUCCAAGCAAUGAGCGUUGGUCAAGAACGUGGGGGGAGGAACACUUCGGAAACGGGAAAGUCCAUAAAUAUGGCAAUAGCACAACCGGUGAAAGCUGGGAUAUCGUUGUGGACGAGGAAACCUAUUACGAGGCCGAACCUCACUAUGGAUGGGCGGAUGUGGUAGGCGAUUCAAGUCACUUGCUUUCCAUCGAACCCCAGGGGAGACCACCGGGCGUCUUCCCCAAUUUGGACUUUGGUUCAUCACCAUCUUAAUCCUAAAUCCACCAUCAGAAUUGCCUUCUUCGCAUUGAGCAGGAUUCCAGUCACCGUCGUUUCUAUUAUAUAUAUUUUUUAUCAGUCCAGUCCGAACAGUAUCAUCAUAACGAGGGGAUCAUUACGUGUAAGAAUGUUGUGGAUUAAUCAUUUGUUCAUUCUUUUGGCUAUCAUUUUUCCCAUUUCCUUCACUUUGCUUCGAUUACGUGUCAGAUCAGAUGCUAUAAAACCUUGCAUUCCCCCUAGGUCGGUGGAUUUUUCAUUUUUGGACAGAACGAGCUUUACGGCCGUGUGGCGCAGUUCUUGAGACGGUGAAUCUAUUUGCUAUGAUGUCAAUUCUUUUAUCUAAAUGUCAAAUAAAUUUUAUUGAGGCAAUUGUGAAUUUGUUAUUGUUGUGAACUCCAAUGAGGAGACCAUUUAAGUUUUAUACGCGCACAUGCCAGUGUCUUGUUACUCUCGGGGGAAAUGAAAUUCUUAGUCUCCAUUUUUUUUUUCCA